AGAUUACUAUUGUGAAAACUUGAUAAAUACAACAAAUUGAUUUAGUGAACACAAAAGCAUAUAAAUUAAAUAUUUACAAAGUGUUAAAUUAAAAAAUGAGACAGUCAUGAACUGCCAUCAAAUAUUAAGUGGGGCCUGCAAUGCAGGAGAUCGAUGUUUUGCAAUUGGUUCGGUUGAAGGAAUUCCAUUUACUGCUUAUGCUGCUGGUUGCAACAUUGUAAUAUUAGCCAGUACUUUUGAACGUGUACAGAUAAUACCGGGUGCUAGACAUGGUUAUGUGAAAAUUUCAGCACUUGAUUGCAGCACUGACACUGGAAAAAUUGCUGCAGCUUAUGAAAACAAGGUUUAUAUAUUUGAACCAACGCCAGUAUUACAAACAGAUAAACGAUAUACUCACUUCUUGGAUUAUAGAUGGGUUCAAACAGGGUCGUUUAUCAGUCAUUCUCAUGUUAUAACUUUAUCAUGGAAUUUAGAAGGUACGCGUCUACUAACUGGCGGAUCUACAAUUCAGCUAUGGAAAGAAAAGUCUAGCGAAUAUAUGGACGAUGAUACAAGUGGUGUUAAAUUUGUCAUAGGAGGCGACAGAGAAAAUAAAACUCCUACGAAUGAAUCCAUAGAAAAUUCUACAAUAUGGGAAAAUAUUUGGUCAUGUCAAACCGCAAUACCUAUAUACCAUAUGGCGUUUAGUCCAGAUGGUACUCUAUUUGCAACAUGCGGUCGUAACGAUAGACUUGUCAAAAUUUGGUAUGAAAACAAACAAAUUUUGUUUCCAUCAAAAAGUUCAUCUAAAGCUACUACUAAAGAUGAAGGAAAAGAGUUAAACUUCACUUAUGUGUAUAUUGCACAUCCACGAGCAGUUACAAACAUAAUAUGGCGAAAAACAAGCAAAUACAUGCCAAAAGGUUCUGUUUCUAACAUGAUCGUUACUUCAUGUCUUGACAAUAUUUGCCGAAUUUGGAUUGAAACGGUUUUACCGGAUGAUGGACUAAUAAAUAUGACUCAAUUUGAUCCCCUAGCUUCACAAAAUCCAAAGUUCAGAACUCAUAGACACAAACAUAGAUUUAUGCAGAGACUCAAACACAUGAAAACUUGUUUCCACAUACGUCGCCAUGCAAAGAAUGGUUCAAAUGUAGGGACAUCAACCUUAAAUAUGGUGGCUAAUAGUUAUCCCGGUCCUAUACCAUCGCUUCCAUCAUCAUGUAGUGUACACGAUUUUCACUCCUAUGGAUUCCAUGGUACCGGAAUAUCACAAGGCGUUCAUUUCCAUUUAGCUGCUUCUAUAAAUGCAGAAACAGACAUACCUUUGGUCCCGUCAAUGCAUUCCAACAGUUCGGAUCCUUCAACACAGAACAACUUUAUUCUUCAUUGGUUGAAUAACAAGGAAAUGAAUUUUACACUUCAAGCUGAAGCCAUACUUCAAGAGUUAACUAAAAAAGUGAUUGAUGAGGAAAAUAAUACAGCAACAGGCAAUUCCGAUUUAAUGGAUAAUUAUUCCAAUGGUGGGCCACCAAAAAAGAAAUAUGUACGCAACGGGUCAAAAUCAGUGUCUGUGGAUGACAAUAGUGCUGCUGGCGAUGAGAGUAAAGCUUCAAAUUUGCAAAAUAUUAAUUCAAUGUCAAAUACUACUUCUCUAAAUUCCCUGAAUAACGAUAAUAAUUCGAUUGUAAAUCAAUUAACAGAUUCAUUAGAUAUAAAAAUUGACUGUUUAUUACGGGACUGGCAUCAGAGUCCAGAUUUAUUAUUUGCUAUCCAUCCAGUUGACGGAAGCUACUUAAUUUGGGUGGUUGAAUGGCUGGACGACUAUUAUCCUGGUUCAUUUCGGCAAGCACAGGUUUCUUUCUCAACCAGAAUCCCGAAUGCAUUUCCUCUUGGAGAUUCAAUGUCCAUGUCAACAAUGGUUAGCUUGUAUAAUACCGGUACACAUCCGUUAGUUUUCCGGGAAAUUGCAAACAAUGUUAAAAGUAAGGAUAACGAUGUGUCGGAGGAAGAUGAAAUUUUAAUGAAAGACGAAUCAGAUGAGCAUGACGAUGAAAACGAUAAUGUUUCUGUUCAGAAUUCCAAAGGCAGCGAUGAUAUGAACGACGGUUCUGAUGAUAAAACUAAAGACUCCCAGACAGGAAGUAUUUCUACGGACAUUUCACCAUCCGUAUCUAUGGUUACUAAACAUUCAAAUGGCACUUUAAAUCUGUGGCAACUUUCUUUUGCAUACAAAACCAAAUUCACGCAGGUUUUGAGUAUUGGGCAUGUCAGUCGGGUUUCCGGUCACAGAUUCCGUGUAAAUGACAUUAAUUGUCAUCCAGUUUUACCCUUAUUAGUAUCAACGUCUCAUCACAAUUUGCCAGAAUUUGAAAAUAAAUCUACAACAAGUGCAGGAUCAAAUUUUGACUCAAAUGGUAUAAAUGAUGCGGAUCACGUAUUUACUACAUCUGGAUUUUGUUCCGAACUAAUAUUAUGGAGGGUAGACUCAGUAGGUCCGCUUUGUCAUACGGGUGGAGUCAGCGAACUUGCUCGCAUUAAUUCUCCUGAAAUAUCGGCGUUUAGUAAUGUUGCUUGGAUUCCUACACUGUUACCCAGCACAACUCUUGGCAGUUACAGUAACUCUCCUUCUGCUUGUUUUGUGGCAAGCGAUGGCGAAAAUUUACGUGUCUACCAAGCUGUAAUAGACGCGAGAACACUAUUAGCAGAAAUUUCAGCAUCUGAAUGUGUAACUAAAUUACAGAAAUCAGCAUCGAUUUCUUCUUUGUAUUCGAAUGCAUCCUCAACAAUUAAAGGCCUAAAAUCAGCAAUUCAUGACAAACUUAAGGUAGUGUCGCAACAGUCUACAGCUCGCCCUGGAUGCAUUAUUCAGCUGGAUCCGAUAUCUGAUGCAAAACACGAUUGGCAAAAUACACAAUUUUUACAUGUGUUUCAAGCUCAGUUAAUAACUGGUGGAGAACUAUCAAAAACAGAUGAUGCAACUCCCAAACGCAGUAAUCAAAACGACAUGGACGCUAUGGUAGAUCUACAACAAAAUGCUGAAUUUGAAGAGCCAUUUUACAUUGUUAUUAUAGAAAAAACAGUUAAGGGAAGUACUAUUCAUAUGUGGCGUAUUAUAAUAUCUUCAAAGCAGCAGAAAUCCUUCCUUUCGGAAACAGCGAUGUAUGUUCCCGACAGCAAUAUUACACAAGAUGUUGAAGAUAUUGAUGCAUAUCGCAAAUCUUCCGAAAUCAAUAUUGAUGCAGCAGAGUCAAACAUAAAAGCAGAUAAUGUUGAACCUCCGCACAUUGUUAUUACUACCGAAAAAGUUUGUACCCAGGAAUUGCCGCUACCUGACGGUGUUGAUGUAAUACAUGCAUCACCAGCUGCCGGACAUCUUAGCUCGUCUUCAAUAUAUCCAGCAUGUUAUGCCCCAUACAUUAUAGUUACAGCAUGCUCUGAUUCUAUAUCCAGAUUUUGGAAAUGUGAAUCUACUUGCAUCGACGAUAGUGUCAAAUUUCCAAGUGAUCAUAAUCUAUAUGAAUGGUCGGAGUGGAAAAUGUUCAGUAAAAAACAGGAUUCUGCAAUAGAAAUACCUGGACAGCCAUUAAACAUAAGCGCUGCUUAUUCCGGCCGCGUAGCCUGUGCCUAUAAAUAUGGUAAGAGUUUCACGCGGCCAAAUAAAUGUGGAGAUCCAGAUUCUAGAUACAUAAACCUCUGCGUAGGUAUAUUUGAAUGCGAAAGUUCGGGAGGAAGUGAAUGGGUUCUUGAAGAUACUAUACACUUGAAAAAUAUUCACUUGCCAAGAAUAAACAUUGACCAUGGUAUUGAUCUGAGCUACUUGCAUGAUAAUCGAAUUCUGCAAAAGAAGCAACGACUUAACCAAGUAUUACACAAUUUUACAGUUCACGAUGAAUUGAGGUCUCCUCGCAGUGGAGAUUCCACGCCAGAAAUAAACACAAAAAGUCACACUGGUCUUCUAGCUGUUCCUAGUUUCAGUACUUUACAAUCAUUAAGAAAAAGUAUUGCUGAAAAUGGGAACACAUGCCCUUUAACGCAGAAACAUUUGGUACAACUUGAUUGGGUUUCUAAAGAGGAUGGAUCCCAUAUUCUUACCGUCGCAGUUGGUAGCAAAAUUCUUUUGUACACCCCAGUUUCAUCCGAUAUUGCUCAAGCUAAUAUAAAAGCAAUGAAGGAAUCUAGAUCAGCAAAUCGUCCCAUUUUACGCAAAGCAAGCUCACUAGCACAGCCCCAUUUCAAUGACGAAAUUCGUUGGAUGAAGUUGAGACAAAUCGAUUUAGAAACUGCGGAUGGUUUGCCCCCUUUGCCUAUGCAAAUUUCGUGGGUGCGAGAUGGUAUAUUGGUCGUUGCCAUGGAUUCUGAAAUGCAUGUAUAUUCGCAGUGGAAACCACGCUACAGUCAACAACACAGCGUGGAAGACAUUUUUGAUACUAGAAACUUACGUGAUGAAGAUUUGAGAUCGAUUGCAAAUGAAUCGUCUAAACUUAGGUUGAAAAAUGCCGCUUCAAUGCCUUUAAUGAGCAAAGUAAGCACUGCGAAUCUGCAACUACUUUCCAAAGACAAAAAGAAAGUCCCUGGUACUAGUUCAGCAAAUACGCAGAGUACAUCUGAUGCAACUAUUAAUGAAGAUUAUAUGACAGAUUUUGGACUAUUCCAAGCAUCUCGCAUAGCAUGUCCAGUAUUACCUCAAUAUCAUCCUAAGCAGUUGAUGGAACUGUUAAAUUGUGGUAAAAUCCGAUGGGUUAAAGCUAUUUUAGCACAUUUAGUUCGUUGUUUGAGUGUCCCCAGUAUUAGAGGAGUAAAUAAUGAGAGUGACGACGCCUCUAUAAGACAGAGAUCCUGGUCAAGAUCAAGAACUCUUUCAAUUAGUUAUGCCGCGGAUACUAAUAUACAAGCAGACCAUAGAGGUUCAACUACUCAGAUUCCUGAAGAACUAAUGUUAGAUUACGCGGAAAUAACUUCAAUUCCUCCGUUACCACUAUGGGUAUUAUUAAACGCAGAUAAGGAAUCGUCUGGACAAGGAAACGUUUUGUCAGAUGAUGCUAAAGACUACGAUCAGUUGUUUGAAAUGGAAACUACGGAGGAUAAUUUGGAUGAGCUAUUAGAUAACGAAAAUGAUUACAAGAGAACAGAUAGACGAUUAUCGCUUCCAGAAAAGCAAAAUAUUUCACACUUUGGUCCACGCCAGGGACAAAUAUUAUCCAGACUUUUAACACAUACACAUUUACCCGGUCUUUCGUCUCUUGACCAAAUGCAUCUUCUAGCUUUGGCUGACACUGUAUCAACAUGCAACACAGACUUUUCUGAAAAAUUUAUAUCCGAUACUGGAAAGUUAUCAAACACAAAGGACACCUCGGGAAAUUCACUAACAGAUUCAUUAGAUGAUUGCGGCCUUAGAUUCCUUAUGGCUAUGAAACAUUACACUUAUCUCUUACGUUGUUUGCCUUUAAAUCAAAGAGCCCAAUUUCAAAAGAAUGGAAUUGGUACAUCAAAUAUAGUGUGGGCAUUUCAUUCGGAAAGCGAAGAUGAACUUUUAAAUUUAAUUCCAUCAUAUAAGAAAGGCGACCUUAAAUGGUCCACAUUGAAAGACUUGGGUAUGGGCUAUUGGUUACGCAACAUAAACAUUUUGCGUCAAUGUGUAGAAAAACUGGCUAAAUGUGCUUAUCAACUUAAACAGGAUCCUCUUGACGCCGCUAUAUACUAUUUGGCAAUGAAAAAGAAAUCAAUCGUAUGGGGUCUCUUUAGAUCUAAGAGAGAUGAAAAAAUGACACAAUUUUUCGCUAACAAUUUCUCAGAGGACAGAUGGCGUAAGGCGGCCCUCAAAAAUGCAUUUGUUUUGCUUGGCAAACAACGAUUUGAACAUGCUGUUGCAUUUUUCCUGCUUGCCAAUUCUCUUAAUGAUGCUAUUGAAGUAUGCAUUAACAAAUUGGACGAUUUUCAAUUAGCUCUUAUAAUUGCCCGUCUUUACGAAGGAGAUUUAGAAAUUAACGUAAACUCGACAUAUAAAAAACUUUUAUGCGAACAUGUUUUAGGCAGUGAGGACGAAUCUAUUACUUUUAAUUUGGAUAAGGCACACCCCGAUCCAUUUUUACGCUCAAUGACUUACUGGAUUUUAAAGAAGUACCAAGAAAGUUUAAACACACUGUUGAUCAAUGGCGUCGGGCAGUGUCACGUUGCGUUUAAGGAAGAAGACAUUUUCAAAUCUGAAAAUCAUUCCACAAAUCCCAAUGUAUUUAAUUUUUACAUAUAUCUAAGAACUCAUCCAUUACUUGUGCGACAAAAUCUGGCUUUAUCAGCUCAAGAAAAGAAAAUAUCCCAUGUUGUUUUAUCUGGAUUUAGUUACUCUGUCGACGCGACAACAUCGAAUUCUAAUGAUAAACAACUUCAAAUAGAAGAUUCUAUUAGCUCCAUAGAGAGACAAUUAUAUUUUAUAACAGCACAUGCUCAUUUCAAAGCAGGUUGCCCAGCGUUAGCGCUAGAAGUAUUAAAUAAACUUCCAACUAAAAUCUUAGAUUCAAAUGACUUGGAAGAUAUUCAAUCCGUAAGCAGCGUCAAUAAUGAUCUUAUUAAUACUGGAAUCAUAGAAUGGGGCAAUCAAUCAACAAGUAAUGUUAAUAAUCAGAGUUCAUCACUAGAGUUUGACUGGUCAACCCCUGUAACAUUAAGUAAAAAGGAUGAUGACUUUAAAAUUCAAUGGGAAGACGACGAUGAAAUUGAAGACGAUGAUAAUGAAAAUAAUGACAUUAUAAACAUGGAAAUAAACAAAGAAGAAGUAAAACCAAUAAAUGACUACAUGUCUAACAAACACGCAAAUAAUGAGAGGGAAGAUAAUGGCAGUAAAAUUGAUAUAAUGGCUCAGCAACUUAAAUUUGUAGCGUGCUUAAAAAUUUUGAUGGAGGAGUUGUCAACUUUAGCCACUGGUUUCGAAGUCGAUGGAGGUCAAUUACGGUACCAACUUUAUGUAUGGUUAGAGAAGGAAGUUGAGGCUCUACAAUACUUGUGCAAUUACUGUAAUUCAGAUUCAGUUGAUUUGAACAGUUCGGAAAUCAUAAAGGAAAAAGACAUGUCUACGUCAUAUAUUUUAUCAGAAAAACCUACCCUUCAUGAAAUAUUGAUGCACGAAAAACAUGAUUUUGAAAUUAAAGUUAUGAGAGCUGCUAAAAGGAAACGUUGGUUGAAAGCUAAUGAAACCCUUUUAAGAACAUUGUUAAGUUAUUGUUCAUUACAUGGUGCAAGCGGUGGAGGAUUAGCUUCAGUUCGAAUGGAACUAGUACUUCUUCUUCAAGAGCUUCAACAAGAGAAAACACAACAACAGCUUUUAAGUCCUCUACCAUUCCCAACUACGCUUCCGUUACUUAGCGCAUGUGUAGCAGGAAACAAAACUGUUAUUGCUGACCCCAUUAAAUAUUUGCAGUCUCAAACUAUCGAUAUGCUGCACAGUGUUAUUAAAUUUUCUCCCUUUGCUAGUUCUGAUAUAAAUGCAUUUUGUGAAAUAUUUAUUAUACGAGAUCUUGCGGUUGCACUAUCAUCUUGUAUUUAUCAAUCUCUAUGUGACUCUGAAAGCUUUGUGGUUAAUAAUUCAACCCAAAAUGGAUUUCAAAGUCCAGGCAUAGAAAAUAUUGCUAAACUCAAUUCGUCAUUUGAAUGUUCACAUUUAAUAGGCAACACAAAUAUCUACAACAGGAGGAAAAUGUAUUCCACAGAUGAACCAACGGUUGUUUGUACAACACCUUCCAAAUGGCCUGGAGUUGCAAAUUUAAGAGCACUUUUGGCUAGUGAGAAAGACGAAGAUAUACCAAAAUUAAAUGUGCUUCUUUUGGAAAGUUUUAUUGCAACAUAUGUAUCCCUAGCUACUUAUGGUUUAGUUACUUGCGAUAGUCGCAUUUUAUACAGACUUGUGGCUCAUAAUUUCUCUGCUGAUACCUGGUCCACUAUAUUUGGAGGAGGAAUGAAGAAACUAUUAAGAAAAGCUACAUGUGAAAAUCACGCUACUUCAAAUAAUUGCUCAUCAGAGGAACAAAGCGAGGAAACUAGCGUGUGGAAUACUGUUACUUCUAUAACAAAACAGCGUGUUAAAUUAAAUAUGAAAAUUUUGGGAAAUUUUGGUACCAACAAUUCAUCUGCUAAUAUGAAGGAGGAUAAACCUACUUAUCGUGAACAGUUUGUUUCGCCUGAAAUGUCAAUGCUUUCAUAUUUUUUGACAAAACCAAAAAAUACAGAUUGUGAUGAAUAUGAUACAGAUGAUCCAUACGAAUCCGAUGAAGAAGAAGAAGAAGAUGACGGCAUUAGCACUACUGCUAAGGGUGGUAUGAAAAGCAACAAAGAUAAUAAGGAACAUUUGGAACCAAUGUCGUAUUCAUGGUGUAUUCUAAGAUUGGCUUUUAUAAAAAUGUUUGUAAAACAUGUACAAGAUUUUACAAAUAUUUCGGGGAUAGAACUGCAAGAUUUACCAGUUUUAAGUCCCCUAUCACACGAAGUACUGAGAACAUUGAAUCGUUGGCAAGACAUGGCACAGAAAAUUCUAACUUCUAAAGGUCCCCCUAAUGACGAAUAUAUUCCAGGUUGCCAGUUGAAUAGUGGAGUUCCGGGAAUUUCCAUACAUAAAUAUAGAUCGCUUUUAAACAAAGAUAACACGCCAUUUGUAAUGAGUUCAUCGGCAGGUCCUAUACGUCGUCUUUGGAAUUAUUUGGUUCGUCAAGAUGAAGCACAAGAUGUAUUUAUAAAAGCAAUAUUUGGCAAAAAAAUGGAACCUUCUGCGAAACAUGAUGUCCAAAUGCAAGACUUUACGGAUAAUGGAGGCAAUGGAUCAACAAAAGAUAACGAACCUAUUCGGAUUAUCCACAAAGACCACGAAUCAAUUCUUGCUUUUUGUCUAAAUAACAAUGCUUCAACAAUGAUUGCAGUAGCAAACCCUAGAGAAGUUCAAGAAUUGGAUAUCUCACUUCUGCUAGAGUCACCUAAUUGGUAUGAAGAUGAAUGUGAUUAUGACAUGCUUGGAAUUUCUAAGGAUAACGAAACUGCUUCCAACACAGGAUUUUUGAUGAUUCAAAGUUCAGAACAAAUGACAUAUGGAACAUCUCUAUCGCCGGAAUCAAAUUUGAACUACCACUCAAAUUCAUCACAAUCAGGCAGAGGAACUGACAUUAUACUAAAGCACAAAAUUGAUAAUGUAAAACGAAUGAGUGCACACCCUUUAAUGCCCCUCUACUUAACGGGUGGUCAAGACGGUUCUGUUCAGAUUUGGGAGUGGGGUCAUCAACAAGUAGUAUGUACACCACGACCUUCGGGUACUUUUGCGAAGGUUACGAGAUGUCGAUUCUCCGAACAAGGAAAUAAAUUUGGAAUUGGUGAUGGUGAUGGAAAUCUAAGUUUAUGGCAAGCCGGAAUUGCAUCACAAAACAAUAGGUCAUUCUUUACUCACCAAUGUCAUAAUAAAACUUUAUCUGACUUUGUAUUUUUGGGUUCUUGCAGCUUACUUGCAACAGCCGGUCAAAGUUCGGAAAACAAAAACAUUAUUGUUUGGGAUACAUUAUUGCCUCAAAAGAAGUCGUGCGUUAGUGCAUUUACGUGCCAUGACCAAGGAGCGUCUUGUUUUGGUUUUGCACCUCAACAUCAGUUACUUAUUUCUUGUGGAAAAAAAGGAGACAUUUGUGUAUUCGAUAUGAGGCAAAGAACAUUGAAGCAUAGACUACAGGGUCAUGACAGCUGCAUCAAAUGCAUUAGCAUUGAUCCUCAUGAAGAAUUUUUUGCUACUGGAUCCAUCGAAGGCGAUAUAAAGGUUUGGAGCCUUAAUCAAUAUUCUUUGAUUUCUACAUUCACUGGAGAGCAUGCCAAAAAUAGUUUCUUCAAACAUAUUGGUCAGGGUGUAAGUCAAAUUUAUGUUGAUGCUUAUGGCCGUCUAUUCUCCUGUGGUUCUGAUGGUUGCAUGAAAGUUCGGCAGUUAUUUGAGAAGGAUACAAUUGUUCAGUCUAUGUAUUAAUACAAAACCAAAUAUAUAUAUAUAUGUAUAACAAAAAAUCGUUAAAUGAAAUAUAAUUAUAUAAAAUAAAUAUACUAAAAAGCUAUUAAA